GUAUAGUCGGUCCUGCGACAAAACGUGUACUGUCGUGUCAAUUGGCGGAAAUUCCAUUUGAGUGGGUGAUAUUUAUAGACAUGUAUUCUGUACACACUUAUUCCACAAAGACACUUGAAGGUAUAUUGUGUCAUUGUCAUAAGACAGGUUGGCAAUUUUAAAACUAUUUUAUUUUGUAGUUCGGAGUUCAAACGUAGACAGUAUAUUGUAAACAAUAUGAGUACAAAAAAGAUUUGGGCAAGUUUAAAAAAGAAAGCUGUCAAUAGCAAGUCUGAAGAAGCCAACAAGGUAGACACAGAAUCCCUAGCGGCGGCUGAGCCUGAGUUAUGUAUACGUCUUAUAACGAAACCAACAGUUCAAAAUUACUCUGGAAUUAAAUCAAGAAUAAAGAAAGCAAGUGCGGAUUGGCUUCAAGAGUUCUUAAAUCUCGGGGGACUAGAGGCUUUAUUUCUGUCUUUGGAAAGGCUUAGCGACAAAACUAUUUGUAGUUUUGUCGACGCUUUCAUUCAGCUGGAAGCGGUGCAAUGUAUUAAAGCAGUAAUGAACUCAAAAGCUGGACUCGACUACAUGAUUCAAAGUGAAAACUUUACUAGGGAGCUCACAACAGUUCUUUCCACUGAGAACACCAUGGUGAAGAAACAAGUGGUUGAAUUGCUGUCAGCGUUAUGUUUAUAUUGUUCAAGAGGAUACGAGCUUGCACUUGAUGCACUUGAAAACUAUCGUUCUGUGAAAGGUCAACGCUAUCGCUUCAGUGUCGUUGUCAAUGAAUUAAAACAUUUAGAAAUUAUGCCCUAUAUCAGUUCAUGUGUUGCCUUCGUUAAUGCCAUUAUUUUAUCGACGGAUAACUUUCAGCAACGAGUGAAAGUAAGAAACGAAUUUAUAGGUAUUGGAUUAUUGGAACAUCUCAAUGAGCUUAAAAACGAAGAAGACGAAGAUUUACUUGUGCAGAUUGAUGUGUUUGAAGAGCAGCGUCUAAACGAUGAAGAUGAUCUUAACACUGGAGUAAAUUUAAACAGUCAUAACGACGUCUUUCAAGCAUUAUUUCAAAAGAUAUCCUCAAAACCUUACGCAAUGAAUUUUUUGAACAUUCUUCAAUCGCUAUUAACACUAGAUCAUGAGUGUAAGGAAACAGAUCAAAAGUGGUUGAUAAUUGAAAAUUUUAUCACAAAGAUUUCACUUAUGGACGAUGUUCGAAAUUUGAAUAACAUAAGAAUCAAUGAAGAUCUAAUAUCAAAUAUUCAAGUUUCAGUAAAGAAAUCUUCCAUUCAAGAAAAACCAUUGACGAAAGACAAGUAUACGUCAACGGAUCUUAAACUAAAAUUGACAAAUAAUCCAUCAGAAAAUAAUUCUUCAGGUGUUCCUGAAAAACAUGAUGUUGUCACACAGACUUCAUUAUCUAUUUCUUCCAUGCCUGUUGUGCCAUCUUCAUCUUCGCAUUCAGGGAUGCAUGAUGCUUCGGAACCACUUUCAAACAACCCAGAAAACUCCUCUCACUCAUCAACGAAAACUGGAACCAUCCCAUCUCCACCACCAUUGCCUGGAGCAGGUGGUGUUCCACCUCCACCACCAUUGCCUGGAGCAGGUGGUGUUCCUCCUCCACCACCAUUACCUGGAGCAGGUGGUGUUCCACCUCCACCACCAUUACCAGGAGCAGGUGGUGUUCCACCUCCACCACCAUUACCUGGAGUAGGUGGUGUUCCACCUCCACCACCAUUACCAGGAGCAGGUGGUGUUCCACCUCCACCACCAUUACCUGGAGUAGGUGGUGUUCCACCUCCACCACCAUUACCUGGAGCAGGUGGUGUUCCACCUCCACCACCAUUACCAGGAGCAGGUGGUGUUCCACCUCCACCACCAUUACCAGGAGCAGGUGGUGUUCCACCUCCACCACCAUUACCUGGAGCAAAAGGAGUUCCACUUCCUCCUAUUCCUGGAGCACCUGGGGUACCACCUGUUCCUACUGUAAUGUUUGGUACUCCUGGAGCUUUUAAUUCGUCUACCACAUCAAGUACAGCACCAUUAGUGCAACCUAAAGCCAAAAUGCGUACAUUACAAUGGGCAAAAAUACCACCAAUGCUAGUAAAUAAAAACUACAAGAACAUCUGGAUUAGAGUUGGAAAGAUUGCCCCAAUACAAGCCAAAUUUGAGCUAAGCGAAGAAUUAUUCAGUCAAAAAACAAAAACUGCUCCUGUUAAAAAAGAAGAAGCGAAAAAAGAACCAAAAGUGAUAAGUCUUCUUGAUCCGAAACAGAGCUUGAACAUAAAUAUAUUUCUCAAACAAUUUAAAAGACCAAUCGAUAAAAUCAUUGAAAGCAUAAAGAAUGGGGAUAGCAAAGCAUUUGAUCCUGAUGCUCUAAAGGGAUUUCUUAAGAUUUUACCUGAUACAACUACUGUUGCUAUGCUCAAGGAGUUCAAAGGUGAUAAGGAAAAAUUAGGAAAUGCGGAGAAAUUUCUUCUUGCUUUGAUUGUCGUACGUCAUUAUAAACUUCGGUUAGAAGGAAUGAUUGCCAAAGAAGAAUUUAAAUCGACUGUGGAUAUGUUGAAUGAAAAAAUUGAUAUUUUACUUCAAGCUACUGAAGAUAUUUUGAAGAACGACGUUUUACCCGAAAUACUUCAUCUUAUCUUGACGAUUGGAAACUUCUUGAAUUCGGGAAGACGAGCUGGGAAUGCUAUUGGAUUCAAGAUUGAUUCACUGACAAAACUUGUGGACACUAAGGCGAACAAACCACGGAUGAAUUUGAUGCAUUUCCUUGUUGAGGUAGCAGAAGAGAAACGUUCAAGAGUUUUAUCGUUUUCAGAUAAUAUGAAGUAUUUGAAUGAUGCCUCAAAGUUAAAUCUUGAUAAUCUCUCGGGUGAAUUAUCUACAUUACGAAAGAAUAUUAAUUCGUUGCAAAAAUCAAUGGAGAAAGGAGAUGAUGAUGUGAAAAAACAGUUAGACUCGUUUAUUAAGGAUGCCUUUAAAGAAAUUGAAAAAAUUGAUGAAAAAUUGAAAAAAUUGAACGAUUUAAGACAUGAAUUGGCAGAAUAUUUUUGUGAAGAUGAAUCAAGGUUCAAACUUGAAGAUCUUCUGAACGUUUUUAAAACAUUUUGUAAUCAUCUUGACAAAGCAAAGGAGGAAAACGAAAUUCGUCGUAAACAAGAAGCAAAACAAGCAGAACGAGAAAGAAAAAGAAAGAAGCUGAAAAAUGGAGGAAAUAAAAUAAAAGGAAAACCAAAGCCACCUGUACAGGAAGAAGAAUGUAUUAUUGAUAAUUUGUUAAAAGAAAUAAGACAAGGGUUUAAACUAAGAAAACACUCUGUAUCACCAACAAAUGCUCCUUGUCAAGUUCAAAAAUUAGCAGAACAAAAGAAGGACAUACAAAAAUGAAGUCAUUAUGGAAAAUGAUUCCACACUAGAAAGGAAAAGCGAUACAGGCUUUAGAAGAAAGACCAGCCAUAGACUGUGGAGGAAUCCUUUCACAAAAGAAAAGGAAAUAAAAGCUAGCGGGCAUGGGAGCAAGGAAAUAAAAAAAGAUAAGGAAAUAAAAGCUAGGCAUGAGACAAAUAAAUA